GCUGUCAUCUGUCACUUGUCACGUUUAGUUGAAUACAAUAUACGCGUUUUUGUGGAUUUGCAGAAACUUCGAUUGUUUUCCAUCAAAUUUCUUUUUUUUUUCUACAUUAAAGUAAUAGAAACAAAAUGAUUAUCCCAAUUCGUUGUUUUACAUGCGGAAAGGUAAUCGGCAACAAAUGGGAAUCCUAUCUGGGACUCCUCCAAGCCGAAUACACAGAAGGUGACGCACUUGAUGCUUUGGGUCUGAAGAGAUACUGCUGCCGCCGGAUGCUGCUUGGACAUGUCGACUUGAUCGAAAAACUUCUCAAUUAUGCUCCUCUCGAGAAGUAAACCACCAAAACAUUGUCCAACCAUUUUAGUGUAGCAAUUAAGAGUAGAAUUCAUUUUUAAAUAAAGUUCAAUUUAAUUUAAAAAAAGAAGAAAUUAUGUGAUAACAAAA